CUGCGACCAAGAUAAUGUUUGGGUCUUGUGUUUAUAUUUCCAGUCUUCACGCCUUGUGUCUCCCGUCAUCAUUCUCAUCAAGUAUUUUUCUCUUAUAGGGAUUGAUUGGCACACAAGAUGGACACAACUCGUGGAAACAAGGAGAUGGUUCUCCUGGCAGGAAACUCCCACCCUGAACUUGCUCAACUCAUAGCAAGUCGUCUUGGAAAGCCUUUUGGCAUCGUUUCUGCAUACCGCAACAGCAACCAAGAAACAAUGGUGGAAAUUGGUGACUCCGUCAGGGGAAGAGAUGUUUUUAUUCUACAAACUGGUACAAACCGGCUAGAGGUGCCUGUAGGGCGAGCUGAGGUGAAGGAAAUGGCCAACCGUGAGACAAGUGUUGAGAUCAUGGAGUCAGUGAGAGAGAAGAGCGUUUACCUCAUUCAGACAGCUGACCCCAAGGAUGUGAACAACAAUAUAAUGGAACUGCUCAUUAUGGCGUAUGCCUGCAAGACUUCGUCAGCACGCAACAUUGUUGGUGUUAUCCCCUACUUACCGUACUGCAAGCAGAGCAAGAUGAGGAAAAGAGGUUGUAUAGUGUCAAAGCUGCUCGCCAAGAUGAUGUGUAAGGCUGGCCUGACACACAUCAUCACAAUGGACUUACACCAGAAGGAGAUCCAAGGCUUUUUUGAAUGUCCAGUAGACAAUCUGCGAGCUUCACCUUUCCUCCUGCAAUACAUCCAGGAGAGUAUUCCUGAUUAUCGUAAUGCAGUCAUAGUGGCACGGGACCCUGGCUCAGCCAAGAAGGCCACAUCCUAUGCUGAACGUUUAAGAUUAGGAAUCGCAGUCAUUCAUGGAGAGCAGAAAACCAAUGAGGACGAGCAGGCUGAUGGCCGCAACUCGCCACCACUGGUUGAGCACUCUCGUAUCAUGGAUGUUGGAGUUGGAGUACCUGCCCUGGCUGCCAAGGAGAAACCUCCCAUUAAUGUGGUUGGUGAUGUUGGAGGUCGCAUUGCCAUCAUGGUGGAUGACAUGAUCGAUGAUGUUGCUUCCUUUGUGGCAGCGGCCGAGGUGUUGAAGGACCGCGGGGCAUACAAGAUAUAUGUAAUGGCUACCCAUGGUUUGCUCUCAUCUGAUGCCCCAAGGCUUAUUGAUGAUUCUCCCAUUGAUGAGGUGGUGGUGACCAACACAGUGCCCCAUGAGAUUCAGAAGAUGCAGUGUCAUAAGAUUAAAACAGUUGACAUCAGCAUCCUCCUGGCAGAGUCCAUUCGUCGCAUCCACAACAAUGAAAGCAUGAGUUACCUCUUCCGUAAUGUUACGCUUGAAGAUUAAGCUGCCAAGUAGCUAUUAAAGCAUUGUUCCAUUACAUGCACACACCAUAUGUAUAAAUGUGUACACAUGCAUUUGUAUAUAUAUAAACAUAUGAUUUGUUUGUCCAGUAUAUUCAUUAUCUAUGUAAUGUAAAAACACUAACUACUACUUACUAUGUAUACUGUAUAAAUCACAUAGGCAAAAAGAUCAAAUGAAAACAUCUGCUUUUCAAAUUGUCUUCUAUUACUUGCUUCACCUUUCAGUGUUAUGUCUGGCUUCUGCACAUUUCUUAAUAAAAGUUAGAAUGUGACAGCUCAUUCAGUUUUGCGUUUCGGAUCAAAAAUCUUGGUUAUUAAGUAUUAAAUUGCUAUGAUGAUGAAUUUUAACUUAGGUUUUGACCCAGUAAUUUGUAACCCUAAGCUAUGGUAUCUAAACUGUAACAGAUAUUCUUGAGUGUGUUACAUUCCUUCUGUACUGUGCUGCCUGGGUGUGAUUCCAUCAGCUACCAGCCCAAAACUUAUGGAACAUUAACAUAACAAGAGGACACGCCUAUAAAUUAGGGAAAAAAAAAAACUGCUGAGAGAACACUAGAAUUUUUCUCACAGAGUGGUAAAUCAAUGAAAUGAGCUCUGUAUAGUCCUUGUGGCUUAGCGCUUCUUUUUGAUUAUAAUAAUAAUAAUGAAAUGAGCUAAAGAAGAGAUAGUAAGUGCUACUUCUAAAAACUUUCAAAAUCUUUACAAUAGACUAAAUACAACUGGAGAUAGGACUGUCGUAUGUUUAGCUCUUCCCCUAAAGCUACAGAUAGGUGACCCCUUGCUCUUUAAUGUAAAUAUGUGCAGGCUUACCUCAUUAACUGAACUCUGCAUCCCACUUUAAUAUUUAUUAUCUAAGGCAUGAUUUUCCAUACUUGUAUUUACAUCUUUGUAUUUCAUGUGAAUUUGAAAAGGAGUUGUGUGUUAGGGACUGGUAUGCAGUACAACCCAGGUGGGUUUAGCACUUAUUUUUUAAUACUGUAUAGUAAUAAUUGGUACUAGUAUACUACUUGUGUUUCACUUGUAAUAAUGUAAGUCUGUGUUCUUUAUGCUACAAGUAUAUUUAGUUUUGUCACUGGUUCAAAAUAUUUUGUCUUAAAAGCCAGUGUAUGUAGUUAUCAUUUUCAUUAUUUCUUUAGUACAAAGCAGAAUAAAAAAAAUUUUUAAGUAUUUGCCUCUGUAAUGAGACUUAGAUUUAGUGGUACUGUUUAACUCUGGGGUACAUACACUGGAUGGUAAGAAAUCACUAUAAAAUGUAUGACUACAAAAUAGAAAAAUACAACAAUGAGAAAACCAGUAGAAAUACCUGAGCAAUUUCAAAGGAGCAUUAGUAAAUGCAUGAAAGCCUUAGGAUAUUUCUAUUAUUUUUCAAUUAUAUUUUUUCAUACACAGUAUAGUAUAUCUGUAUUUCUAGCAUGAAUAAAAGAUAAAACACUUAGUGUAGUGUUCUCUCAAGCAUAUUUUAUAGGCCAACUGGCUUAGCGCUUCUUUUUGAUUAUAAUAAUAAUAAUAAUUAUAGGCCAACUCUCCUUACAUUGCCAGACUUUCAACUGAGUUACACUUACUAUUACAUAAAAAGCUUUCUGUACUUACACUUAGUAUAUCACUGACACAUGCCAGUAUAUAUGCUUUACUACUACAGUGGACCCUUCACAUAAGUUCACUCUAGUUCAGUUUACCUCCCAUCAACAUACACAUGCUCUCAUUUUAUCGUUAUACCUUACUCUGUACAUGCACAUGAAGCUUGUCCCACUUCAUCCCUGACACAUGCUGCUAGGAGAUGAACCAAGCCAACUUUGACCCCUGGUAUAUUCUACUUGGUAUAGUAUUUACAAUAUUUGUGUAGUAUCCUACAUUAUGUAUGUGUGUAGUAUCCUACCUUGUGCAUUUGUGUAGUAUCGUACAUUAUGUAUUUGUAUAGUAUCCUACCUCGUGCAUUUGUGUAGUAUCCUAUAUUAUGUAUUUGUAUAGUAUCCUACCUUGUGCAUUUGUGUAGUAUCCUAUAUUAUGUAUUUGUUCACAGACCUGUAUAUACAUACAUACAGUAGUUCCUUCCUGAAACCUACCAUGUUUUAUAAACAUGUGUUAUAGUGAAUAACCUACAAGAAAAAAAGAAGUUAGAUUCCAGAGCUAUUACAUGUUAAAAAUUAUUAUAAAAACUUGCAAUCUGAAUUAUCCAAACACUCCGUAUUUCACGCUUUGGCAGGUGUGAAGUUUAAUCAGUGGAUGUUACUGCAGUCUCUGCAUAACAGCACUUGUGUUGGUUGGUCAAAGUAUUGUGUAAAACAUCUCUGUGCUAUCCAGCAUUGAUUUGUACAGUUGACGCUAUAUUAGUGUAAGCUAUUAACGAUCCCAUUUCAGGUUGAGGAGGGUGUUUCAAAUUUACAAUGUCUUAAAAGUUAAUAACCCAUUUUACUAGAAAUUCACUAGUAGUAUAUCAGUGUUUUGUUGCCUUAAAUAUAAAAUUUCAUUCCAACGAGGUUUUUUACACUUGAACAUACAUGUGGAGAGCUGUUUCCCUACCUCAGCUCACUUCAAGAUGUAGCAAUCUAAGAUAUAUUGCCAUCCCCAGGAUGCCACUUACAACUUUACUAACAUACAAAAUAAUUAAUUUUCUUUAUAUUGCCUUUAGGAUUUCAUUCCCAAGUGAUCAUUAAAACUAAGAUGUUCAUAAAUUGUGAACCUCUCUAUUUCCCUUUUGAGCCAACUUAUCUUAUGUCAAAGUUGUGUUGUGCUACAGAAACAACUUGUUGAAUACAAGUUUUAUAAGGGUCUGCUGUAUGAUAGGUAUUUUUCUCUUUUUCACUUUAAAGAGUAAGCUUGACAGUUUUCAUAUUUUUCUUUAACAAGGAACAAAAACAUUAACUAAAUUGCUUAUAUCAUAGAAAUAGUUUUAACAAUAAUAGUACAACAUAUAUGUACUGUAAUGUGCAUAGUUAUACUCUUAGUAAUUUGUCACCAAGAGUAACUUUAUACUAAUUAAAAUUUAAGUACAGUGGACCCCCGGUUAAUGAUAUUUUUUCAUUCCAGAAGUAUGUUCAGGUGCCAGUACUGACCGAAUUUGUUCCCAUAAGGAAUAUUGUGAAUUAGAUUAGUCCAUUUCAGACCCCCAAACAUACACGUACAAACGCACUUACAUGAAUACACUUACAUAAUUGGUCGCGUUGGGAGGUGAACACGUACAAACGCACUUACAUAAAUACACUUACAUAAUUGGUCGCAUUGGGAGCUGAACACGUACAAACGCACUUACAUAAAUACACUUACAUAAUUGGUCGCAUUGGGAGGUGAUCAUAAAGCGGAGGUCCACUGUACUUAUAAUUUUAAAAUAUGUAUUUAGUUUCCUUCGUUAAAGUCUGAGGAGUGAUUGCAAAUUAAUUUGUGGUACAUACAGUUAUAAAGUGCGGUUCUGGUCAUAAUAGCUAAAAUAAAAAUUCCUCUUUA